AUGUCGCGCCCCGAAGACAUCCUACCCCCCGAUCUCUUCUACAAUGACUCGGAAUCGCGAAAAUACACAACCUCUUCGCGUAUCCAGAAGAUUCAAUCCACAAUGACCCAUCGCGCCCUCUCCCUCCUCGCACUUUCCUCGCCCUCCAUGAUUCUCGACAUUGGCUGCGGCUCCGGUCUUAGUGGCGAGAUCCUGUCGCAAACCGCAGAACAAGGCACACCUGGCGGCCCACACGUAUGGAUUGGCUUUGACAUUAGCGCAUCCAUGCUGGGCGUUGCGUUGGAGAAAGAGGUAGAAGGAGAUUUGCUGCUAGCCGACGCAGGCCAAGGUGUACCGUUCAGACCAGGAACCUUCGACGCUGCCAUCAGUAUCAGUGCAGUCCAAUGGCUGUGUAACGCUGAAACUAGCGAGGAGAGUCCUGCGGGCAGAUUAUCGAGGUUCUUCAACCAGCUCUAUGCGAGUCUGAAGAGAGGAGGGAGGGCUGUCUGUCAGUUCUACCCAAAGAACGAUGCACAGAAGAAGAUGGUGGCGCAGGCAGCCAUCAAGGCCGGUUUCGGUGCGGGUCUUCUUGAGGAUGACAUGGGAACCAAGAGCGCAAAGACAUAUCUUGUCCUAACUGUGGGCGGAGGAGCGCUCGAUGGCGACAUCACAGGUGUUGUGAGGGGCAUGGAAGGCGUUGACGUCGAUGAUGCACGAAGAAAGGCAAAGGGCAUGAAGAGAGGUGAAGAACGCAAGGGCAGCAAAGCAUACAUCAUGAAGAAGAAGGAGCAGAUGGAGAGGCAAGGCAAGGUUGUCAAGGCGUCGUCCAAGUACACUGGCAGGAAGAGGAGGAUCCAAUUCUAG